UACAAAUAUCAAGACAUUUAAAGAUGGCGGCGUCCACAGCGCAUGUGAGCUCAACGCUGUUUGUGAGAAACUUACCAUAUUCGGCGACUAAAGAUGAUUUGGAGUCUCUUUUUGGAGAAAUCGGCCCACUAAAGCAAUGCUUUGUUGUUACUGACAAAGGAGUUAAAGACAAGUGCAGAGGUUUUGGAUAUGUCACAUUCGCAGUGAGGGAUGAUGCAGAAAAGGCUUUCAAAUCCACUCACGCCCUGGUGGGAAGAAAAAUCAGAGUGGACUAUGCCGACAGAAAACCUUCUAGGAAAGGAGCCCCAAGGGAGAUAAAAGGAGCUCCAAGGGAGAUAAAAGCAGAGCCAACAACCACAAAAUCAGCUGCGGAAGAUGAUAAAUCUCCAUCAACAUCAAAACCAGUUGAAGCUGUCACAGAGACAACUACCAAACAAAAGUCUCCCAAACAAAAGUCAAAACAAAAGAAGAACAAAAAGAAGAAAGAGGUCAAAGUUCAAGGGUCAGAGGUCAUCUCUGAGAGGGAGAAGAGAAAGAGCAGACUUAUUGUCAGAAAUCUUCCGUUCAAGUGCACGGAAGAGAAGCUCAAGUUCGUCUUUGAGGUUUUCGGUACGGUGACCGAGGUCUCGAUUCCCAUGAAGGAGAAGAAGAGCAUGGGCUUUGGAUUCGUUCAGUUUGAGGAGCUUGGGAAUGCCGCUAAAGCUCACAAGCAGAUUAACGGCAAGCAGAUAAUGAAUCGUACGGUGGCUGUGGACUGGACCAUUCCUAGGACAGAGUAUCUGCAAGCUAUGCAGAAGAACAAAGAAUCCUCACACCAAGAGGAUGAUGCGGGAGAAUCAGAAGAGGAGGAGGAGAAGGAGAAAGAUGAGGAGGAUGAUGAUGAAGAGAUGGACACGGACAAGGAAGAAGAAGAAAGCCAAGUAGAAGCAGACCAGGACAGUGAUGAAGAAGAGGAGAGUGAUGUCGAGAUGGAUGGUGAGGAGGAAGAGGAUGAGGAAGAAGAGGACGAAGAUGAUGAUGAAGAAGAAGAGGAGGAUGAAAUGGACAAUGAUGAAGAGGAAGACGAUGAGGAAGAAGACAAAGGCAACAAAGCCGGCAAAGGUUGGGGCUUCAGGAAACCCUCGGAAGAUGUCCAAGAAGGAAAGACUCUCUUUAUCAGGAAUGUGCCAUAUGACUCAACAGAUGACGAUAUUAGGGACCUCUUUGCACCAUUCGGAGAGCUUGAGUUUGCGAGGGUUGUGGUUGAUCCGAUGACUGAACAUUCUAGGGGAACAGCAUUUGUAAAGUUCAAGAGGAAAGAAGAUGCAGACGGUUGCCUUCAUGAGGGUGACGCAGUGAGGUUAAACGGCCGAUUAUUAGCUUUGAGUCCGGCCAUCAGCAGAGCGGAAGCGGUCAAGCUCAGGACGGCAGACAAGGACAAAGCAAAGGAGGAACAGAAGGACAAGAGGAAUCUGCAUUUGCUGCGAGAAGGACUGAUCAGACCGGGUACGAAGGCAGCGGAAGGCUUAUCGGAGCAGUUCAUCAACAAGAGACUGAAGAUAGAGAACGUCAAGAAAGAGAAGCUCAAGAAUCUGAACAUCUUUGUGUCACCAACCCGUCUAGCCGUCCAUAACCUCCCUAAAGCAGUGGACGGCAAGAAGCUGAAGGAGCUAGCACGGGAAGCAGCUGGAGACAAGACAGCAAGAGUUAUCGAGGCAAGGAUAAUGCGAGAUGUGAACAACCCCAGUGCGCAGGGAGUCUCCAAGUCUCUAGGCUUUGGUUUCGUUGAGUUCACUCAGUAUGAACACGCCCUAGCUGCUCUCCUGAAACUCAACAACAAUGCUGAACUCUUUGGUCCCGACAAGAGGCCAAUUGUUGGUUUCUCACUGGAAAACAGACGUGCCUUGGAAAUUCAGCAGAAGAGGAGAGACAAGGCCAAUAUGAAGAGACAAGCGUUUAGCAAAAACACAGAAGAGGAAGAUGGCGAGGAAGAGAAGGAGGAAGUGCAGCCACGCAAACCCUACUCCCAGCAAAGACUCCAGGCCCAGCAGAAGACCAGUGCCGAACCCCAAGUCCCUGCCAACAGAGACAUGGUCAUGCCACAGGACGGCAAGAAGAAAGGGUUACCACGCCACUUUGGGGCCAAGAACCGGUGGAGGGAUAGAGGGAAGGUGGCGGACGAGAAGAGGCAGAGGAUGAAGGAUAAGAGGCUGGUGCUGCAGAAGCAGGUGUGGAACAGCAUGAAGACCCCGGAGCCGGCCGGCGGACUGAAGGUGAACAAGAAGGAACUCAGGAAAGAAAAGCAGAAAAACCAGAACCAGAAGAGGAAGAACACUCGUGAUGUGAGAGAGGAGAAGCAGUUCAACGCCAUGGUAAACAAGUACAAGCAGAAGCUGACACGGGGCAGCGAAACAAGAACAAAGGGCUCCUCCAAGUGGUUCGAUACAUGACAACCUUGAUCGCUACAGAGAGAAAAAGAGAGCUGGGCCCGGUCUUAGAAAGAGUUGAUCGCAACUACUGUACAUGUAUGUACAUAAGAGAUAGGAGACUGCAAACUUGCGAUUAAUUGGAGGACUUACGAUAGAUUUGGAUCAGUCGCAACUGUUUGUAAGACGGGGCCCAGGACAUGAGAGACUGUUAAAAUGAUGAAUUUUAUCCUAUUCCAUUUUGUACAAAUUUUUUGAAAUGAUUGUGUGCAGAUGGACAGUGGUUUGAGAUUGCAGAAAGACCAUUGAAAUGAUAUUUAAAAUCAUGACAUGAAUCACUGAUCAUGAGGUUAUUUAUUUCAGCAAGAAGUGGGUAAGAGUACUUUGCAGAGGACGAUGACCCCCGAGAGGAUGACCUCAUAACUCAAGUUAUUAGUUGCACAAUAUGGUAUGCUGUUCUUGUGUAUCAGAUAUAAAUAAAACAAUGUCUCUACAGUGUACAUGCAACCUCCAAAAAAUACUUUUGAAAUGAUUACGCUAUUCCAGCUCUAGUCAUAUGUCCCUAAUAUUACACUCGAAACAUUUACGGAACAACUUCCUGCUGGGUUCCUUACUUCACAAGGGUUGAGAGUGGCAAAUGUAAAUUAAUGCCUCACCAACGGAUGCUAAAGUGUCAGGCUGGGAUUUGAACCCUGAACCUUUUGAUCUCCAGUCCGGUGACUUACUAUACUACCCUGUCAAUCAAGAGAUCUCCGUACAUUUUGGCCAUUCAUGUCAGUUCCACCAAAUUGUCCUAGUGGAACCAUUUUCACAUAAUCCAGAAAUAUAUGUAACACUCAGAACUAGUGUGAAAUGGUCCACAUAUACUUUUACAAAUUAUUUCUUCCUUUUAUUUAAAAAAAAAAAUCAAUAUUGCUUAGUAUCAUAGUUAAUCAUUUUAAUUGAUGCAAAUACUUGAUAAUAAAUUUUGUACAAAAUUCACACUUUUAAA